AACCUCAUUAAAUCCGAAAACUACUUGAAGCUCAAAACCAUCAUCAUCAAGAGGGAGAAGGAGGACGAAAAAGUUGUAACCUUUUUCUCUCCACUCUUGCUAAAUCAACCACACUCUCUCUCUCUCUCUCUCUUCUAACAAGAGGGUCUCAGUUUCUGCUUUGUGGGUGGUAAGGUAAGGGAUGUUUGGCUGUGAGUGUUUUUGUUGGGAUACUGUCCUUGAAUCCUUUCCCUCUGAUCCACUUCCUUAUUCUCUUCCUUCACCUCUUCCACAAUGGCCACAAGGUGGCGGUUUUGGCCAUGGAAGAAUGUCCCUUGGGGAAAUACAAGUUAUGAAAGUAGACAAGUUCGAGAAAGUUUGGAGAUGCACAAAUUUGAAUGGAAAGUCAUUAGGUUUUACAUUUUAUAAACCUUUGGAGAUUCCAGAUGGAUUUUCCUGUCUUGGUUACUAUUGUCAGCCCAAUGAUCGGCCGUUGCGAGGGCACGUUCUUGUUGCGAGGGAAACUACUUCUCAAACUCGGCCUGAUUUUCAUGCAUUAGAAUCCCCGGCUCUGAUCAAACCAGUUAGCUACUCGUUGAUAUGGAGCAUGGAUUCACAUGAUGAAUGUGUUUACUUUUGGUUGCCAAACCCUCCCACGGGUUAUAAAACCGUCGGCGUAGUGGUUACUACUAGUCCAGAUGAACCGGAAGUUGACGAAGUUAGGUGCGUGAGAAUCGAUCUAACGGAAGUUUGUGAGACAUCUGAGCUAUUACUAACGAUAAAGUCGAAGAAAAAUUGUUUCCAGGUUUGGAAGACGGAACCCUGCGAUAGAGGCAUGCUGGCGAGUGGUGUACCUGUUGGGACUUUCUUCUGUGGCACCGCCUACUUUGAUUCUGAACAAGUGGUGGAUGUUGUGUGUUUGAAGAAUCUUGAUUCUUCAUUGCAUGUAAUGCCGAAUCUCAACCAGGUUCACGCGCUUAUUGAGCAUUACGGGCCGACUGUAUAUUUUCAUCCUGACGAGAUAUACAUGCCGUCAUCAGUGCCGUGGUUUUUCAAGAAUGGAGCGCUUUUGUAUACCGCGGAUAAUGCGAAGGGAAAAGCUAUAGAUUACGACGGCUCAAAUUUACCUUGCGGUGAAUGCAAUGAUAGUGCGUUUUGGAUUGAUUUGCCGAUUGAUGAAGAUGCAAGAAGUAAUCUUAAGAAGGGAAACAUCGAGAGUGCGGAACUCUAUGUCCAUGUAAAACCGGCAUUAGGAGGAGCCUUUACUGAUAUCGCAAUGUGGGUUUUUUGCCCUUUCAAUGGUCCUGCCACACUUAAAGUGGCAUUGAUGAACAUUGAGAUGAGUAAGAUAGGCGAACACGUCGGUGAUUGGGAGCACUUCACGCUCCGUGUAAGCAACUUCACCGGAGAACUUUGGUCGGUUUUUUUCUCUGAACACAGUGGAGGUAACUGGGUGGAUGCAUUCAAUUUGGAGUUUAUUAAGGAUAAUAAACCGAUAGUUUAUUCUUCAAGACACGGCCAUGCUAGCUACCCUCAUCCCGGGACUUACCUUCAGGGAUCAUCCAAACUUGGAAUAGGAGUUCGCAACGAUGCUGCGAAAAGUAACAAUAUUGUGGAUUCAAGCUUCAGAUAUAAGAUUGUUGCGGCGGAGUAUCUUGGGGAUGGAGUCAUUACAGAACCGUGUUGGUUGCAGUAUAUGAGAGAGUGGGGACCUACCGUUGUAUACGAUUCGCGGUCCGAAAUAGAGAAGAUAAUAGACUUGCUUCCAAUAUUUGUUAGGUUUUCUGUGGAGAACCUAUUUGAAUUAUUUCCAACCGAGCUUUAUGGCGAGGAGGGACCAACAGGUCCAAAGGAGAAGGACAAUUGGCUAGGAGAUGAAUAUUGCUAACCAUAUGCUAUUAGUCAUUUCUCUUGAGCUAAGGAAUCCAAACUUGUAAGAUAUCAUCUUUUUGUCUCGGAUUUUUUAUUUCCUGAAGUCGCAAAUUUACGCAUUCACACAGUUAGCAGUCAGUAUGCUUUUGGUUGAGAUCAAACUGGUCAUAAACGAAACAGAUUUUGAUUUGAAAUCUGAAUUGUCCGAUACAGUUUCAUCGAUCAGCGCUGUGUUAAGCGACCAAGAUAUCGUCAUGAUGUAGCAACUGUAUAGGAGGUGUGCCUUAGAUAGUACUUAUAGAUUUCUUGGUUCGCAAGGAAAACGACUUCUAUAACGCGGAAUUUUAAGUUGGUUUUAUGUAUAAUACAGAAAACUUAGAACAUGUACAAGGUAGGGCUAAAGGUUGUAUACACAUUCAUGAGUGUUUUCAUUAGUAUUGCUUGUAAUGGAACAGGAAUGUGCUUGAUUCGGUAUUGUUGUUUGUUUGAAUA